AGCCUCCCUAAUCCAGCUAGCUGUCAGACUGUGGGCUGGGAUGGCAGUGGAGGAGGGUGACGUGGACGAGGACGAUGGGUUUCUGGCUUUUGCCCGGGGUCCUCCUCUCCCCAGGGGUCCCCUACGUCGGGUCUUGGACAAGGCCUUCUUUAUCUUCCUGGCCUUCUUUCUGAUACUACUGAUGCUGGAGGCUCUUUAUAAGCUGCUGUGGCCACUACCAUGGGCAAAGUUUGGGGACUGGCUCCUGGGAACACCUCAGAAAGAGGAGGAGCUGGAAUUGUGACUACCUUUCCUAUAAACUUCCUCUUACCCUGCCACGGAGCUCUACCAGAGAAAGAAGAGACGAGACCCGCGAUAUUUCUGAGCCUCAUUUCAUCUUACAACCCUCACAGUGGCAAUUCGCACAGAUUCUUCUUAACACACACACACACACGCCCAUAUCGCCAGUCCUUAGGCCCUGGAGCUCCUGGAUGGACAAAGCACAGCUUCUGGGUCAUCACUACCUGAGCCUCAGGGACCCUCUCCAGAAAAGUACAGAGAAUCACCGAGGUGUCACCUGCGUGGUUGGUAAUUAGUCUUGUGGUGAAGCUGAAAAGCAAAUCAACAAUAGUAAUAAUAAUAAUAACAACACAUUGUAUAGGGCGUUGUAAUCAUUUGUGUGCAAGUGUUUUGUUUUCGCGAUUGGGAGACAUAGGCGCCUGGAUGUAGAAGUAGCUGCUGGACAGCGGCAAGGGAGCGCGCAGCUGGUAGAAGGGAAGGGGCAGGCGCCGUCGAUUAAGCUGGGGCAACGGGUACCUGGCAGGUAGGAAAGCAGCGCGGGAAGGCUUGUCAAUAGCCCCUCGGAAAGAAACGGUUUUAUUUCCCUCACGAGAGAUUUCCGCCCUUUUGUGCACCACUGCGCAGCCUUAGAAGGCCCAAUUCCUCAGCGGCCCUGUUGCGUUCCCCCCUUCGCUACUUGGAAAGGUGGCUCAGUCCUCCCCGCACGCGCCUCGCCAGCGGUUGGGCUGGAUGCAGGAAGUUUCUGAUUCGCAGAGUCGCAGAAGCGCCGGUUGGAAAGACCUCCUCUGGCGCAGCUCUGGAGUCUGGGCUAAGUCAAUGCCGUACGGCAAAAUGAAAGCCCCCAGCAGGAAACACGAAAUCCCCAACACUUCCUCCUUCUGGGGGAUUUGAUCCCCCAUGGCCACCGUUAACAGCAUCAUUGUGCUGGAUGAUGACGAAGAUGAAGCUGCUCAGCCAGGGCCCUCUCACCCACCCCCCAAUCCAGCCUCACCCCAGGCAGAAGCCCCUGGCUCCUCCCAGCCCCUUGGGGCUGGAGGAAGCGGUAGUUCGGGCGGCAAGAAAUGCUACAAGUUGGAGAAUGAGAAGCUGUUUGAAGAGUUCCUUGAACUGUGUAAGGCGCAGACGGUAGACCACCCUGACGUGGUCCCAUUCCUUUGUAAACGGCAGCAGCGUGCCCACUCUCUGUUUUUGGCCUCAGCGGAGUUUUGCAACAUCCUCUCUCGGGUCCUGUCUCGGGCCCAGAGCAGGCCAGCUAAGCUCUAUGUCCACAUUAAUGAGCUCUGCACUGUUCUCAAGGCUCACUCAGCCAAGAAAAAGCUGAACCUGGCCCCUGCUGCCACCACCUCUGGCGAGCCCUCUGGGAGUAACCCUCCCACAGACACUUCCACAGACGCCACAAAUGCUGAGACCACUGGCUCUGAGGCCCCAAGGACCCGUGGUUCCCGGCGGCAGAUCCAGCGCUUGGAGCAGCUGCUAGCACUCUAUGUGGCAGAGAUUCGGAGACUGCAGGAAAAAGAGUUGGAUCUCAAAGAAUUGGAUGACCCAGACUCCACAUACAUGCAGGAGGCAAGGUUGAAGCGGAAGCUGAUCCACCUCUUUGGGCGGCUGUGUGACCUGAAAGACUGCUCUUCGCUGACAGGCCGCGUCAUAGAGCAGCGCAUUCCCUACCGUGGGACCCGCUACCCAGAGGUUAACAGGCGCAUCGAACGGCUCAUCAACAAGCCGGGGCCUGAUACCUUCCCUGACUAUGGAGAUGUGCUGCGGGCUGUGGAGAAGGCAGCUGUACGCCACAGCCUUGGCCUCCCCCGACAGCAGCUCCAGCUCAUGGCUCAGGAUGCUUUCCGAGACGUGGGCGUCAGGUUACAGGAGCGACGCCACCUUGAUCUCAUCUACAAUUUUGGCUGUCACCUCACAGAUGACUAUAUGCCAGGCAUUGAUCCGGCACUGUCAGAUCCCGCCCUAGCCCGGCGUCUGCGGGAAAACCGGAGCUUAGCUAUGAGCCGGCUGGAUGAAGUCAUCUCCAAAUAUGCGAUGAUGCAAGACAAGAGUGAGGAGGGCGAGAGACAGAAGAGAAGAGCCCGGCUCCCCCAAACCACAUCUUCCCACUCUGCGGAUCCCCCCAAAGGCUCCUUGGAUUCUGGUGAGGGCCCUAGUGGAAUGGCAUCCCAGGAGUGCCCUACCACCUCCAAGGUUGAGACAGAUGACGAAGAUGAAAGUGAUGAUGAGGAAGAGGAGGAGGAGGAAGAAGAGGAGGAGGAGGAGGAGGCCACAGAUUCCGAAGAAGAGGAGGACCUGGAACAGAUGCAGGAAGGUCAGGGGGAUGAAGAGGAGGAGGAGGAGGAGGAGGAAGAGGAAGCAGGUAAUGAUGGAGACAAGAGCCCCAUGUCCUCACCACAGAUCUCCACUGAAAAGAACCUGGAACCUAGCAAAGGGAUCAACAGGUCUUCAGGGGAGCAGCAAAACAAAGGACUCAUAGUGUCACCAUCUUCACUGUCAGAAGAGCCCCUGGCCCCCUCCAGUAUAGAUGCUGAAAGCAAUGGAGAAUACCCGGAGAAAGACAGUCCUGUGUCUCAGGUCUUUGAGCUAGAAAUUGAAGCCUUGACUGUGGAUACUCCCCCUUUCCUUGGGGAGGGGGACAUUUCCUCUUCCAGGAAGCAAUCAGAGGACCCCCUUACCACUGUCUUGGAGAAUGGAGCAGCCAUGGUGACCUCCACUUCCUUCAAUGGAGGUGUCUCUCCUCACACCUGGGGAGAUUCUAGUCCGCCCUGCAAGAGAUCUCGGAAGGAGUGGCAAACAGGAGCAGGGCCAUUAGGAAACAGCUAUGUCGAAGGACAAAGGGCAGUACAUGAGAAGACUAGGAAGAAAAUGUGUACCAUGCCCAGCCCACCUUCCCCCUUGGCUUCAAUGGCCCCAGUUGCUGAUUCCUCAACAAGAGUGGACUCUCCUAGCCAUGGCCUGGUGACCAGCUCUCUCUGUAGCCCAUCUCCGGCCCGGUUCUCCCUAACCCCCCAGUCACAACCCUCCCAGCCUGGUACUUACAAGAUGAGUGUGGCCACACAGUGCGACCCAGAGGAGAUCAUCGUGCUCUCAGACUCUGAUUAGCUGGCUCCUCGCCACUCCCUGCCUCUAAAAUAUUUGGGCAUAGUAUUUGGAGGAUUCUGGGAAACAAAUGACUGAGGAAGAAAUGGACUGAGCUAAUCCCCUUUUGGUGGUGUUUCUUUAAAAAAAAAAACACAAAAAAACACCCAAGUUUUACACAGAAACAAUAAACAAUGAAGUUCUUUUCUUA